AUGGAUUACAACAAGGAAGAGGCUGAUAGGGCUAGAGGUGCUGCAGUGGACAAGUUCUUAGCAAAAGAUUAUGCUGGGGCUAAGAAGUUUGCCUUGAAAGCUCAGUCCCUGAAUCCUGAAAUCGUUGGAAUCAAAGAAAUGGUGGCUACUUUUGUUAUGCAUUUAGCUGCACAGCAUACCAUAAACGGGGUGAUAGACUACUACGGCGUACUUGGUGUAAAACCUGAGGCUGACGACGAAACAGUGAAGAAACGUUACUUAAAGUUGUCUGAAAUGCUUAAUCCUAACAGGAACAAUUCGAUCGGAGGAGAGGAAGCCUUUAUGUUUGUUUCUCAGGCAUGGGAUGCCUUGUCGGACAAGGAAAAGAGAGCUGACUAUGACAAGAAGAGGAACAACGAGGCUUCACCGACAGAGCAAACAAACAAUGGAGUUCAGAUCUCUGCUAAAGGGAAGACUCCCAAGAGAGGUAUGAAGCGUGCAAUUGAUGCAUCUGCCUCUUCUUCUUCUACUGCUCCUCCCGCUGCUCCUACUAUUAGUAGAAACUUUUGGACUGUAUGCAGCACUUGCAAGACACGGUUUGAGUAUUCUCGUGUUUAUUUAAACCAGUACCUCAGGUGUCCCCCCUGCGGUCAGCCGUUUACAGCUGUAGAAACAGAUCCUCCACACUCAAGUGCAAUCCGUGAGACCUUUAUCGAGCAUCAGGUUGACUCUAUCCUUCAUUUAACAGACGGAAGAGAGAAAGGAAUAGACAAUAUGGUUGUUGAUUCCACUGAGUGGGGUGGUGUGUACACUGGAACCAUAAACGCUGAUCAGGCCUGGCCACGGGAAGACGAGGCUGUGCGUAUAGGGUAUACCGAAAUGGCGGCUGGUACUCCAUCAACGAAUCCUCCAAAAAGAAGAAAGGUUAUGGAAAAUGAAGUGGCUGGGAGCUCAUUUGCUCCCAACAGUGUGGGAGAAUUUUCUGAGGAGGAGCUGACGAAUGUAAUGGUGAAGAAGAAAUCUAAGCCGACAAUCGUCACAAGGCUGCAAGAUCUAAUAGACACUGCUUCUGGUACUGAUAAGGACAUGACAAUAAAGGUUCCUGAAUCAGACUUUUGUGACUUUGACAAGAAUCGAACUGAAAAGUCAUUUAGUGACAACCAGAUAUGGGCUACUUACUACCCUUCAGAGGGGAAGAUGCCUCGAGUCUAUUUCAGGGUCGACAAGGUUCUCUCCGUAGAACCAUUCAAAUUGUGUAUCACUCGGCUUGAUGCUUCAGAGACCAACAGGUCAUCGGAAUUGCUUGGUUUCGGUGUUGGAAGAACUUGCGGAGGUUUCAUAGAUGGGGGCCAUGGGGCAAGUAAUAUCUGCGACUCACUUAAAUUUUUCUCACACAAAGUGGAGGUGACCAAGGGAAAUAAUGAGGGAGAGGUUCUGAUAUACCCAAGAACAGGUGAUGUAUGGGCUAUGUAUAAGAACUGGUCCCGUUACUGCAACUAUCUUGAAGGGGACAAAGAAGUUGCGUAUGAUGUAGUGGAAGUGGUUGAAGGAUAUACAGAGGAGUAUGGUGUUUUAGUGGUUCCUUUGAUGAAAGUUGCUGGUUUCAAAUCUGUGUUUCGCCAUUAUUUGGAUUCCACAGAAGUCAUCCCAAAGGAUGAGUUAUCAAGAUUCUCUCAUCAGAUACCAUCUCACUUGCUCACAGGUAAGGAAGCAGGUUAUGAACUCAGAGGUUGCAGAGUGCUCGACCCAGCAGCAACACCGCCACAGCUUCGUCAUGUUAUAAAUGGCUAA